AUGCCAGCAAAAAGUGUAAUUCAAUUUAGUAAAAGUUUUGCACUUUUUACCUAAUUAAGACGUGUAUUAAAUUUCGUUGACCAUUUUAAUUAACUGGUUUGUGCAGAGCCGAGUGUAUUUCAUCUUUUUCUGUUGUAAUUUGGUUGUGAACUUGUUUUAAACCAUGUAUGACGAUGAAGAUGGAGAAGAUGGACCAAAGAGUUCAUUCACAACUUAUUUAGCUGAAGGCGACAAACUAUAUAACGCAGGAGAAUAUCAAAAGGCAUUGGAAAGUUAUACAACUGCACUGGAGAUUGAGGCAAAAAGCGAGACCGGUUUGGUUGCCCGUUCUAAAUGUUACUUACAAAUUGGAGAUGCACAAGCUGCGUUGCAAGAUGCAGAAGCCUCACUUUCCGAUAAUAAAGAAUUUCACAAGGGUUUGUAUCAGAAAGCAGAAGCAUUGUACCAGAUGGGAGACUUUGAAUACGCACUUGUCUUUUACCAUCGAGGCCAUAAACUGAGACCAGAACUUCAGGAGUUCCGACUUGGUAUCCAGAAAGCACAAGAAGCAAUUGAUAAUUGUGUUGGAAGUCCAUCAUCUGUUAAAUUAGAGAACAAAGGAGAUUUAUCCUUCUUUAAUAAAAUGGAUGAAGGAAAAGGGAAAGCAAAGCAAAGAGGGCAAUACAGGCCUCCACAAAAACCUGCAGCGAUGAAAACAAACAGAGCACUUGGUAAAACGAGGGGUGGUACAAGCAGUAGGACUGCUAAAGCAUUACUGGGUGAAUUAUAUGCGGAUAAAGAAUAUCUGGAAAAACUUCUUAAAGACGAUGAUCUGGUGAAGGGGAGUUCUGGUGGAAUGAGUAUUUACGAUCUUGUUACUUCUGGUAUAAACUACCUUGAUACAAGAACCGAAUUCUGGAGGCAGCAGAAACCCAUGUACGCUCGCAAGCGUGACAGGCUCAUGAUGCAACAGAAGUGGUCGAAUAGAAAGACAGAUAGAAUAUCGGAUCCAACAACAUUUAUACUUAAAAACUUGGAAGAAAUAGAUUCAUAUUUGGCCGACGGAAAAGGUGCCGACAGUCUCUCACUUGCAGUGGCCACUUUACGCACAGUAAACCGACUUUCCGAUAGUGAAAUCCCCAACAAACCUGAUGUUGUUGCAAAUUUACACAGCUGUAUUGGCAACGCACACCUUGAGUUGGGUCAAACUGAUGAAGCUUUAGAUCAUCAUCAGAAAGAUUUGGAAAUCUCAGAGAAACACAAUUUCCAAGAUGCUCGUUCCCGCGCGCUUGAUAAUCUAGGUCGAGUUUAUGCAAGAGUUGGGAAGUUCCAGAAAGCCAUUGACUGCUGGCAAGAGAAGCUUCCACUCAGCAAAUCAGCAGUUGAGAGAACUUGGCUUUUCCAUGAAAUCGGUCGAUGUCAUCUGGAGCUUGGUGAGAGCGAAAAAGCGCGAGAUUUUGGUCUAAAGUCAUUGCAGGAAGCUAAAGAGGCAGAGGAUGACGUGUGGCAGUUAAAUGCUGGAGUGCUGACUGCACAAGCUGAAGUAAAGCUUGGUGAAUACGAGAAAGCUUUAGAAUCUUUCCAACAAUCACUUGAGACAGCCAAGUUGCAAGGUGAUGAUGGGGCGGAAGGUGCUAUCACUAAAGCUAUCGAAGAUGUGAAGAAUAAGAUUGAGAAACAGAAAGAAAGUGAGCAAACCAGUGAAGCGGAACCAUUGAAGGAGGAAGAAGAGACGGAGCGGGAGGAGCAGCAAGAGGAGGAGGUAAACUUUGGCUGAACAAAGAAUAGUUCACAAGAUGAUGGCACUUUAUGUUUCUGCUAUAUGCUCACAUAAUAUCUAUUCAAAUUUGUUAGUUGUGAUUUUAUAUUCGUGCUCAUGUUUUACGUGAGAUCGCCAACUGUAAAUUUAUCAGUAAACGCGUUGGAUUGAAA